AUGUACACAUGUAAGACAAUUGCUGUCGAAAUGCGAGGAGUUGCAUUCAACAAUAAUGCAAUUCACUUCAACACGGCGCAGAUCACUGGCCGUUGCACUCCAAGAACUCGACACUUCGGCCAUCUGCUGGAAGAAAUCUAUAUCGCAAGGAUAUCAAUACUGCCUCACGCCCGGCCUUUCAUAACAAACUUCGUCGCCGACAAGGUUAUCGAGCUUUUCCCUCAAAGCGAGAACCUUAUCCGCCAUCUACAAACAACAACGGAAAAGAAGUGUAGACACUAUGAACAACUGGAUAGUUUCAAGUUCAAGGAGGACCAAGAUAUGACAGACCUGUAUUCCCCACACCCAAAACCAUGGUGUUUACCAAGUAAACAUGAGGUCGCAGCCUUGGAGAAACGAUUGCCACUCCGCGGGACCUGGCCUGCCCGUGAGCCAGUUCGAGAUAGCACGAAAUACUACACAUCCGCCGCCUCACAAGCUGCGAGAUUCCUCCUUUCUCUCUCACGGCAAAAUCGGGCUCAAAUACGCAAUAUCGAACUACAUGAGAAACAUGCAUGCAUCGCUUACUCCGAAUGCCAUGCUAGGGCCCUGAUACCGUACGCUGUUGGGAAUCCAAAUCUCAGGAUUGUUCGUCGCGUAGACCUAUGGAAUACCGUACUGGCUUCAGAGCGGCUGUCUCGUCUCGAGACGCAUCGCUGUAGCUUUGGUCGUGGGAGAACACCACUGGAAGAUAUGGAAAGAAUGGAUGUUACCCGGUCAGUUGUUCCAUGGCUGAUGGAAGCUUCAGCGCUCGCAUCCAUAGGUACGCCUAUCAAGUCAUUCUCUCUCAUCUUCGAAGGUGAGACAAACGCCAUACAACCAGUCUUUGACAUGCUGAUCGAAGAUGCAAUUUGGCAAGAUGCGUUACAGCAAUGGUCAGGCCACGGUAUCGUACCUUCAUCUGCACAACGGAAUGGGACGGGCUAUCGGAGUUAUUACUGCUACCUUUUCAAAGGGUAUCCGGAGAUGAUGAAAGAUGUUGUUAAUGGCACUGGACUGGUGUCAUUCGAGCACUGCUACGCUCAAGGAUGGGAUCCCGAGAGAAUUCUUUCAAUGAACAGCAAUUGCCAGGGUAUGCAUGACUGGUGGCUCCAGUGGAAGUCAUCGCGGCUUCUUCAAUACGUAGCACCACCGUUGCCCCGCACUUGGCAAACCAUCUUAACGGGUUAUCUCUGCCAAGAUGAAAAUACAGCCCAGGGUGAAAGAGAUAUAUAAGCAAACGAACUUCAUGUGCGGAGAGACACUUGUCGUCUUCAUCACGUUCGUGAUGGAAUUCGGAUAGGGUAGAAAGGGAGAAGUAAUCAUAUGUCCAACCAUCCAGAUACAAGCAAAGAUUAGCAGCAUCCGAGUCCUGGAUAUCGAAAUUAAACAAUUCUCAUCUGUAAGGCAAUGUUUCUAAGUCUAUC